UUGGUCACACUGCAUUUUUGAGUUAGCAAUUUCGUCUUUGUUUUGAAAUAAUGUUUGUUUUAACAAAAGAUGAUGAAAAGUUUGUUUUGUUACCUGUUAAGAAGACGUACACCGUGGGUCGCCUGGCCACGGAUUUGAUUGUUGCGCAGGAUCUGAGUAUAAGUAGGAAUCAUGUGCAGUUGCACCUGCCGCAGGGUGAGCAGGAGGAAGAUUGCCUGCAAAUCGAGGACCUGGGCUCCCGAUAUGGCACCUUCACCUUCCCCAGAAACUCCCAGAAGCCCCGGAAAGUGGCGCCCAGGACAAUCACUCCCUUGCCUGAUGGAACUCGCGUGCGAUUUGGCGCUAACUUGAGCAUUUGGCAGGUGACCCGCCUGAAGAUGGUCACCGCCGUGUCCGCUUUGACCCGGCCUGAGAUCCAGGAGCUGGCGGAAAUAAUCAAACCCAUGGGUGGAAUCGUGAGCGCUAGCUGGACCGAUGAGUGCUCCCAUCUCACCAUGAACGAAGCCUCGGUGACCGUGAAACUACUGCACGCCAUGCUCGAGAACAAACCAAUUGUGACCUUUGCCUACUGGAAAAAGUUGCUACGGGCGGCGCAGAGCGUCCAUGUGAAGGAGGGAUGGCCGGGGCCAGAGGAUUACCAGCCCACUAAUAUGGACGUCACUUGGCGACCCGAACGCACCCGUCUUUUUGCCGGCAAAACCUUCGUCUUCAUGAAUCGCAAACACUUUGAAAUGUACGGACCGGUGGUGCAAAAGGCGGGGGCAGCCUGCAAGGAUAUUAACUCGGGGGUGCGCAAAACAUUCCUAACAAAGGCGGAUGUGAUAGUCGUACAGUAUGUGCCUUCAACUCAGUCCCAGGCCACUGAAUCGAUCAAUAGCAUUCAAGAUAUACUGGAGCAGGGUGGACGUCGUAUUAUCCAGGAGUACGAGAUUGGCAUGGCCUUGAUCCAUUGCUCCACCAAAGAGUUCUGCAAUCCAACGCACAAGUUCAUCAUCUCAGAUUCAUUGCCCAGCACAGAGUCUGUAACAUCCUCGUUGGCGUUCAACUCCUCGAUCAUUGUGCCCAACACGGAACGCAAUUCCGCGCCCUCCAGUGGCACGCCUAUUUCGGAACUAGUGGUGCCGGAGUCGGAUGAAUGCGCGAUGGAGAAGGAACCCUCCGUGCCCAUUCUGGAGCCACAAACAUCUAAAAGUUCCUUGCGUAAAAGGAGUCAUGCCAUUGCAGUCGACUCUUCAGAUGACGAGAGGGAAGAAGCUGCAUCCAAGCGGGCCAAACCAGUGUCCACCGAGGAAGCAACCAGAAAAGCAAUGAAUGGCAUUUCUCUGGAUUCGUCAGAUGAAGAGGAAUCUGUUAAGCCGCCAGUUAGUGCUCCACUGCAGCGCAUGACAAGGAGGAGCAAGGCUGCCGAUGAAGCCAAAGCUGUACAACCACCAGUUCCAGCUCCUAAUAGGCACAUGGCAAAGAAAGCCAAACGCGUCUAUUGUGUGGACUCAUCAGAUGAGGAGAACGACAAUUUGCAGAAGCCCGCAGAAUCAUCAGCUGCGGAUGCCCCAUCUGCGGUCAAGAAGAAACCAGAAGCAGUAGCUGCCACUCGGAUAUCACCUCGUCUCAAUGCCAAAUCAGUGGCGACAAAUAUUACAAACCAACCGCCGGAGAAGCUACCAGUGCCACCAAAACGUCCUGUUCUAUCAGUGGCUGUGGAUGACGACGAAGAUAACGAUGUGGAACUCUUUACAUUCCGAAAAACUCCUCAGAAAACAGCGGCUGCUGCUGCCCAGCCAAAGUCAGCGGGCAAGGGCAAAGUAAGCGUUAACAACUUUCUGGAAAAAUCACAGCCCCCGACCGCCAGCUCCCAGUUGGAGUCGCAGUCGCAGACCCAACCUCGUAAGCGUUUGCGUCUGGAACCGCUCAACGAAAGCGAUAGCGACGACUGUGAAAAUCUCUUUAACUUUGCGGACAGCAAAAAGAAAAAGAAGAAUCAGGUGGAAAACAAUGAAGACUCCACCGAUGGCUUAUUUAACUUUCAUUCUGAAGAACCAAUCGAUAGUGCGGACCAGGACUCUGUGUUGACCGAACCCUUUGAGCCCGAGGUGGAAACGAAAAAGAAAUCUAAGUACAUAGUGGUGCAGCGAAAGCAGCUGCCCAAGAAAGUGGAUGUCAGUGGUUGGUUAUCGUGUAGCAGGCUGCACGAUGAUAUCAAAUCCGAGACAUCUGCUGAAGUUAAGCUGGAAACCUCUAUUAAGGCAGACCCCGAAGAGGAGAAGUGGCUGGCCUCCAUGAAGGACAGCAUACAGGUGCGCAUGUGCAACCUGAACAUCGUUAACCGCUCUCAAGAUGAAGUGGAUGCUUCUCUUCAGGAUUCGGUGAGCAAGUACAGCGGGCGCAAGAACUUUAAGAAGUUUGUCAAGAAUAAUAACCCUCAUCCGCAAAGGCGAAUUGUGGCUCUUAAGAGUCUGCAGCUGGCUGAUGGCUUUGUAACCUGUGUAUAAUUUUUGUAUUCUUAUGUUGAUUAUUGCUUUAUUUUACUAACAAUAAACUUGCGAAAUAUACUCAAA